CAGUUCACCAUCAACUUUCCUAUAUCGUUCUUGGAGCCACUUUGCAGACUCCGGAUCCUGAUAUUCAGGUGUGAUAGGUGUCGUUGUAAAUCGAGAGCCUUUAGUACCGGGUUUGAGAUCUUGAUGUCUGGAUGCCUGUCCAGGACCAUUAGCCUCUUUAUCCUUCGUAGCCAAUGAUUUAGCUUGAUUCCCAUCUAGGGUCUCGUUCCGUUUUGCGGCAUCUUUUGGUGAUUCCACGAUAGCCGGUUUAGACUUUGGGGGUUCCUUGACGCCCUUGAGUCGGAGAGCGCGUGGUACAAGCAUUCUGACCCAUGCGGUUUGCUUGGAGUUAGAAAGGGCUUUGAUUCCCGGCUCCGAGGUUGAAGUCUUGUUUGUACAUGGGGGUAGACCCUGGGAUCGUCAAGUUCGAAAGUGGUAUCCCCAAGGUAACGCGUGGUCACGUGGGUAUUUCCUAGAUCGCUCUAGCGUGAUGCCCUCUUGGCAUGACCGACAUCCGCAUCAUUAUUUCCUUUUCUUUUGCUACGGUGCUGCUAUACAGCGCAUUGCAUUGCACAGCACAAUCCACCCUCCCAAACUCCAAAAUAUGGCCAAAGAAAAGAACUUCAAUCCAGUCCAGGCGGCCAAGAAGGCAGAUAAAGCCAAAACUCUCAAAAAACAAAAAGCUCAAGUGCAAGCCCAGCGCACUGAGAAGCUCGCACGCCGCAACCCCGCCCGCAUACAACGCGAUAUCGAUGCGCUGAAAGAGGCUGAGCAGAGCGGAAGUCUACGAGCCCACGAGAAACAGCGUCUACAAGAACUUGAGAGGGAUUUGGCCGCUGUCGGCAAGGCACGAGAAGCACUCGGCGACAAGGCGCCACAAUUCAAACCCCCGAGAGACGACCGUGACGGUGAUAGAGGCACAAGGGGAGGAAGAGGGGGUGCACGAGGCGGAAGAGGCGGCAUAUUAGGAAAACGGACGAGGGAUGGACGAACUAAGCAAGAUGGAGAUGAGAGCAGUGACACAGAUGCGGAUGUGAGGGAUAUACCAAUGCCUCGAGAUACCCCUCCACCUAUUCCAAACCAACGCGGAAAAGCCGAUUCAACAGAGGAUGCAGCCCCGGAACCGAAAAAGGUCCAAAUCGUGUACGAAGCCGCGCCUGAAGUACGCAAUCUGAUGAAAGAGGCCACAAGAUUCAUGCCCACGUCCGUUGCACACAAGAUGAAGCUGGCGAAAGGAGAAGGACGACUGUUGGAGCCUGAUGAAUUCGACAAGCUGAAGGAGGAAGGGUACAUGAACGAGGGGAAGAAAGAAGUGCCACCCGGCGAAGAUCCAGAACUCGAUGCUUUACUAUCCGCGCACGACAUAGAUGUCGCGGCUAGCCAGGCGGCUGAAGCGGCAGUACAAGAGGCAGAGCAUGAGAUGAUAGCUGCUGAGGUGAAAGGGGAGAUGGUAGGCAAGGAAGCUGAAGUGGCAGAGAAGAAAUUGCGGAAUGUGGAAAUCGAGGAGGUGGAGGAUGAAGGCUACUGA